AAUAGUUGCAACAACCACAUAAUUUCUGCUAUUAUUUGCAAGACUUCUACAUAGAGUCUUUCAGUUGACCCAGCUAAGCAGAAAUGCCCCUAAGCUCCCCAAUUUUUUCCAACAUAUAUUUUUUUUUUCAAAAAAAAUAAUCAUAUAGGAGUGAACUUUUAACUAGAAUACAAAAAACUCAGUUGCCUGGAAGCAAUUUCAUCUUUGAUCUUUCAAGAUUUCUAUAAAAGAGUGAACUUUAAGCAGAAUUAGCAAAACCCCAUUUGCCUGAAAGCAACUUUCAUUUUGGGUGUUCAAGAUUUCAAUAAAAAAAAAGUGAUUUUUAAGAAGAAUUCAAGAUUUCAAUAAAAAAGUGAUUUUUAAGAAGAAUUCAAGAACCCAAGUUUCCCAAGAAGCAAUUUUUACUGUGAUUUUACAAGAUUUAGCUAUGAAGAAAGGAUCUUUUGCACCUAAUCUUAAACUCUCUCUUCCUCCUCCUGAUGAAGUUGCUCUCUCCAAAUUCCUGACUGAAUCAGGAACAUUUAAGGAUGGAGAUCUUCUGGUGAAUAGAGAUGGAGUUCGAAUUGUUUCGCAGAGUGAAGUUGCAGCUCCUUCAGUUAUACAGCCAUCAGACAACCAGUUAUGCUUAGCUGAUUUUGAAGCAGUAAAAGUUAUUGGAAAGGGAAAUGGUGGUAUAGUGCGGCUGGUUCAGCAUAAAUGGACAGGGCAAUUUUUCGCUCUCAAGGUUAUUCAGAUGAAUAUUGAUGAGUCUAUGCGCAAACAUAUUGCUCAAGAACUGAGAAUUAAUCAGUCAUCCCAGUGUCCAUAUGUUGUCAUAUGCUAUCAGUCGUUCUUCGACAAUGGUGCUAUAUCCUUGAUUUUGGAGUAUAUGGAUGGUGGUUCCUUAGCAGAUUUUCUGAAAAAGGUCAAAACAAUACCUGAACGAUUUCUUGCUGUUAUCUGCAAACAGGUUCUCAAAGGCUUGUGGUAUCUUCAUCAUGAGAAGCAUAUUAUUCACAGGGAUUUGAAACCUUCGAAUUUGCUAAUCAAUCACAGAGGUGAUGUCAAAAUCACAGACUUUGGUGUGAGUGCAGUACUAGCAAGCACAUCUGGACUGGCCAAUACCUUUGUCGGCACAUACAACUAUAUGUCUCCAGAGAGAAUUUCAGGAGGUGCCUAUGAUUACAAAAGCGACAUUUGGAGCUUGGGUUUAGUCUUGCUCGAGUGUGCAACAGGUCAUUUCCCAUAUAAACCACCCGAGGGAGAUGAAGGAUGGGUCAAUGUCUAUGAACUUAUGGAAACCAUAGUUGACCAACCAGAACCUUGUGCACCUCCUGACCAAUUUUCUCCACAAUUCUGCUCAUUCAUAUCUGCAUGUGUCCAGAAGCACCAGAAGGACAGACUGUCGGCAAAUGAUCUCAUGAGUCACCCUUUCAUCACCAUGUACGAUGACCAGGAUAUCGAUCUUGGAUCUUACUUCACUUCCGCAGGACCUCCAUUGGCAACACUUACUGAGCUAUAAUAGGUUUUCUACAAUGUCUUGCAACUGAUGGAAUUUCGGUCAAUAGCUUUUCCAGUCGCAACGUUGCAAAAAUUAGAAGCCUUUUAAAAGGCAUUGAGAAUCAAAAUGAAGCAGAUGAAGCCAUUAUUGUACUUUUCAAGUCUCCGGUAGGUAGCGUUGGGAGUGUAACUGUGACAUUUUCUACUAUGUAUGUGAUUCAAAUGGGAACAACUCCAGAUAUCCUUUUGAUAUGACUUACUUUUGACAUUAAUCCUUGGUGGUGCAAGUGUUUUUGGUUUACAAUUUGACUUCUACCUUUUAGCACAUGAAGUUGUUUAUUGUCAGUGUUGAACUGAAUGUAAAACUUUUAAGAUCCCAUUUCUCCUUAUGAGAUCAUUUUAGAGACCUAUCA